AAUCUUUUGUAAUAAACUGUUUUUCUUUUUGUUUUCUAACCUUUAUUAUCUAAGUAUUGCUUGUAAACAAAAUAAAGUGAAUAAUUUUUCCCGUUUUCUUCCAGUGGCAGUUGUGGCUUUUUAAAUCCAUUUUAUAGGUGUGUUUAAAUAGAAAACUUAUGCUUAAACUAUUUUAUUACAUUUCAGCAACCUGUGCCAUCCUCUAUGCAGUAUAUUUCUGGAACUUAAGGAACUUAGAAAAACGAUAUCAAUUUAAAACUUAAAAACAAAUUUACACUAGUAACAUGGCUGACUAUGAUUUGUUAUAUGAAUGGUUUUUAUUUUAUUUUUUAUUGAUUUAAUUUAUAUAAACUUAAAUUAAUUUAAUAAACUUGACAGAAAUAAACUUCAUUUAGGGUAGCACAGUGCUGAAACGUCACAGUAAAAUAAAGUUAAUUAAAACAAAUUGUUUGGCUUCUUUUUAAUGGCCUUAUUGGGUAAAUGAUAGUAUUGAUUUUUGGUCCGAGUUGUAAGGUGGGGUAGAGGUUUCUGUUGAGGCUAUACAAGUGUAAUAAAAAGUCCCACCCUAUGUAUUUCUGUUGAGUAAAAUGAAUUUAAGAUUGUAAUUGUAAAAUGAGAAACACUCUCCUCCUUUCUAUACUUCUAACUUUAUUUUCCGUAUACCUUAUUAAAAGGACCAUUACUUUUGUUAGAUAUUCACAUCUCAAUCCAUUUGAGUCUCACAUUUCAGCUCUGAUCCUUGCAAGGGGCGGGAGCAAGGGGAUAAAACUUAAAAAUCUGGCCAAAAUUCAUAACGUCACUUUACUCGCCAGGACGAUAAGAACGAUCCACGAUUUCGGUCUAUUUGACUCUGUUUGGGUUUCGACAGACCAUGAGGAAAUAGCCAAAGAGGCUGAAAAGAAUGGGGCAAACGUGCACUGGAGAAAGCCUUUCACCACUCUUGAUGAGGCCAGUUCUUCAAUUGCGGUGAAAGAGUUCAUCCAGAGCCACUCAGAAAUAGGUAUUGUUGGACUUAUACAGUGCACAUCACCAUUUUUACGGGUUAGUCACUUGCGUGAGGCUUACGAUAAAUUGCUCGUUGGUUAUCACUCUGUAUUUUCAGUGACCCGGGACCACAAGCUGAGAUGGCGCAUUGAAGACAACAUCAUAGAGCCGGACAACUUUGACCCCUACAACCGUCCAAGGAGACAAGACUGGGAUGGAGAGCUGUAUGAAAAUGGCAUGUUUUACUUCACAUAUACUGACAUAAUUUUCGACCAGGAGGUGCUCCAGGGAGGAAAGGCCAGUGUUGUAGAAAUUCCUAAUAAUGAGAGUUUAGAAAUUGAUACUAUCGAAGAUUUAAGACUUGCCGAAUGUUUAUCAAUUCAAUGAUUUUUUUAUACCAUCUGUGAUAUAUUGCAAUAGGUUAAAAGUAGUUCAUAAGACAAAUGUGGUGAUAUUACAUUGAUCUUUAAUGUUACUUGCCUAAUAAAAUUUUAUUACUUUGUUUUAAAA